AAGAACUCGUGCUUCUCGUCUGCAAUCAGAAGUUCACGGACGAGAAUCAUACCUCAUCCGACGUCUCAAACAUGGCUCGAAAAGCUGGAAGCGCAGCUUAACGUCGAUAUCGAUUGGAUGGAUCCGACGUACUCUAAGAAUCUAUCCAUCACGUCAAACGACAUGACCAGUAACAAUCUCUGGGUCAAUCAGCAGAUGUCGCAUCCGGUGAACGAAGCCAUGUUCAAGCAAGUGUGCAAAGAGCUCAAGCCGCAAGGUUGGAAACCUGCGUACACCAGAAUCGCGGUGCUGAUGUGCAAGUAUAAUCUUGACAACAUCAAAGGUCGCGUGCUUCUCCAAGUGUACCCUAAUGAAGCGUACGACACGCAAGCAGUCCUUGACUCAGCUCGAUCAUACGCCAGAGGGUCCGAACGAGCUGGUAUUUCGAAGGAUCGAUACUGCAUCAAGAUUCCCUCGACCGAUCCAGCGCUGAAUGCGUGCAGAACACUGAAGAAAGAGUGGAUCCGAACGCUCGGCACGGCGCUGUUCAGUGUGCCGCAAGCCAUAGCGGCAUCCCAAGCAGAAUGCUUGUACAUCAGCCCUUACUUCAACGAAGUCAAAGCGCACGACGAUCAUGCAUUGUGGCCAAAUGUCGAGGAUCCAGCUACGCAGCAUACCAUGGCGGCGAGGACAAUGCAGAUCCUGGAAACGUAUGCCAAGCUGUACAAGAAGACUGGCAAAGAACAGCCAUUGCUGAAGCAGGCGAGUUUCAUCUCAGCAAAAGAGGCCAUGGCAGCUGGUGAGCAUGGCUGCCACAGUGCGACCAUUUCGCCGCAGGUGCUGGACGAGCUUGCGAGUCUCCAAUACGACAGCUCGAAGCAGCCAGGCGAGGGCAAGCUAAAAGCGACGCACCCGUAUAGAGAGUACGGCACGCCCGAUCGACUCAAACAUGUCUCGAAGGUCGAUCCUUUGUCGAAAGGAAAGUCUGGGGUGAAUACGGAUAUUGACUAUCUGGCGAACAAUGGCGCAGAGUUGCAGAAAGCCAUAGAAGCGGAUCCAGUGACCACACAGCGCCUGAAAGAUGCGCUUGAGCUGUUCACAGGCGGCUUGUUGGAAAGCAAGGCCAAGAUCGAGGCCGAAUUUCAGAAAAGUUGA